AUAGUGAAGCAAACUAUGCCGGUGAAUCUGCAUACAAAAUCCCAAACCCAAAGCAACCGUAUCAGCCCUGCCAAAAAGAUGAUGCUCGGUGAACGACACCGUCCUAAUCCGACCAUCCACGUCCCGCCGUGGGCCCUUGUUGACGAUGCAAAUCCUGACGUUUAUCCCUCAUCACCGUUGAGCUCCCAUUCUAGCAAUGCUGCUACAGCCUCUGACUACAACCCGUACUAUCUUCAGGAAGCGCUGGCCGCGCUGCAGCGUUAUCUGCCGUCGAAUGAGCCGGAGCUGGACUCUGACUCCGAGUUAUCAGGUCUGGAACCGGGCUCUCCGGUGGACGCCUAUUCUUGCGAUCAUUUCCGGAUGUUUGAGUUCAAGGUGAGGCGGUGUGCACGUGGCAGGUCGCACGACUGGACCGAGUGCCCUUAUGCUCAUCCAGGUGAGAAGGCGAGGAGAAGGGACCCGAGAAAGUAUCAUUACUCGGGUACUGCGUGUCCUGAUUUUCGAAAGGGGAAUUGCAAAAAGGGUGAUGCGUGUGAGUUCGCCCAUGGCGUGUUCGAGUGCUGGCUGCACCCUGCGCGUUACAGAACUCAGCCUUGUAAGGAUGGUCCAAACUGUAGAAGGAGGGUCUGCUUUUUUGCUCACACGGCAGAGCAACUCAGGGUUUUGCCUCAACAAAGUCCCAGGAGCGUCAACUCUGUAGAUUCUUACGAUGGAUCACCCCUGAGACAGGCUAGAGAUGCUUCUUGCGCCAAAAGUCUUCCAUUUUUGGCUAGCCCUGGCUCAAUUUCCCCUCCUGCCACGCCGCCGGUGGAGUCCCCUCCCAUGUCUCCGAUGACACAGUCCUUAAGUCGGUCUCUUGGGUCUAACUCGAUCAAUGAAAUGGUGGCUUCACUAAGGAACUUGCAACUUGGCAAGGUAAACUCCUUGCCGCUAUCUUGGAAUGCCCAGAUUGGUGGAUCCGGGUUCGGAUCUCCAAGAGGGUCAAUGGUCCGACCCGGGUUCUGUAGCUUGCCGUCAACUCCGACCUGUGGUCCUACCCGUUCUGGACUGAGUUAUUGUGAUGUCUGGGAAAAUGUUUGCGAGGAGGAGCCUGCGAUGGAGAGAGUGGAAUCAGGAAGGGGCCUGCGUGCAAAGAUGUUUGAGAAAUUGAGCAAGGAUUACUCUCUAGGCCAGGUCGACCAAGAUCCGGGGCAGUCUUCAAAUGGUCCGGAUGUUGGAUGGGUGUCGGAGCUGUUGAAGUGAAGAGAGCCAAGUGGCUCUUAGAAUUGUUUAAUUAUUUAUUUGGAGUCUAUUUUGGUUUCCCCUCUCACUGUGAAUAGCGCUUAGAAGAAUUGAGGUAAGAUGGGAAUCAGGCUUCUGUGGCAACAAAUUGAAAAUUCUGUCAAUGUAUAUGUUUCAUCUUAAAAAAUAUAGCUACAAUAUUAGUAUAAACUGUGGGUGAUGAGUUAAGAAUCCCUUUUUUGGGGAAUUUUCUGAGCAAGUUGAGAAUUCACCAGGCUAUUGAAGGUGUGAGGAGAAUUUGUAUAGGUAGAAGAUGAAUUAUUCCCAUUUUCUCCUUGUAUCCUUUUUGUUUGAAGUGGUUGAUUUAUCUUUAUUAGUAGUGUUAAAUCAUGGUCACGGAAGCUGCUGAUCUUAUUAUUAUUAUUAUUAUUAUUGUAAAAAUUUUCCUGGCCAUGUAAUGGUAUGCAAGUUAAUGCAUUGUACAUCUUAUUUGCUCAA